AGACGGAGUUGUGAAAGACAGAUUUUGGUUUUUGUUUUUUUUUUAAUUUGAUCUCAAAGGAAAAAUGAGAAUUUACAUUUUUUUGGCGACGGUUGCUCUUACCGCAAUGUACUACAGAUCAGUCAAAUCUGCAGGACAAAAACUGGACAUUGAAGGUCUCAGAAACAUGCUGAAGCCCGUGAGCGGCUCUUGCAAGCGCAAAACUGGAGCUUCCGAUGAAUUGGUCUCAAAAACUCAUGAUGGAGAGUUCCCAAGAGAUCGAAAUCUGAUGUGCUUCUUUAGAUGUAUAUCGAUUAUGGUGAAAACCAUGGAUAAGCAUGGUAAUCCUCGACUGGAUGAUAUCGAGAGAUAUGCUGCAACAUUGGUGGACGAGUCUAUUGAGCCACUGCUACGAAAAGUAGGAGUGGCAUGUUACGAAGAAGUGCCCAAAGGCCACGAUCAAUGCGAAUACGCAAUUGCAUACGCCGAGUGUUGUUUCAAAAUGGAUUCAUCCCUGUACUUCCUGCCGUACUAGAUCCACCGAUCGUUUUUAAAUAAUUUCUGAUACUCUAACAUGUGAAGGGUAAAAAAAUAAAGGAUUAAGACAUGAAAAAAUUCGAUCAUUUCUGAACCAAAUCAAUGUAUGAUAAAUAUUUAAUGUUGAACCGAUAAUCUCAAGGGACCUAUGUAAAUUCACUCUACUGUGAAAAUUAUGGUGCACUUAUAAAUAACAAGCGUUUAAUCCAUGCCUGCUUGAACACACCUGCUGUGUAAUAUUUGGAUUCGUGUCAUCGUCAGCCGCGUAAUUAUGUAUAAACGACGAAGCGGAAAAAAGUACCAUCUCAUUCUUCAAGUAACAAAAAGUAGGGAACUUAUUUCGAUUUUCCAUGAAAAUAGUACUUGCCACACGAAUUUUUAACCAUCUAAGAAGUAAAAGACAAUUUAUCUCGUGAUUUGUUCUUAUAAUAUAUAGUUAAAUAAAGUAUGAAUUGAGAUAAAAUUUCUUUUUCGCCAAAAAUCCAUGUACAGCAAUACAAAAUUAAGGUACCAGCAAGUACCAAUAAUUAUGAAAACCAUGAUAAUCUUCCAACUAUUAAUGUUCUUACAACAACAUUGUAAAUACUGAAAAAAAUAAAUCAAAACACCUA